GGCGUACAGCAGUCAGAGGUAGGGUGCCGCGCGCCGAACGCCUGCGUCAGCUCCAACAGUUUGCUAUCGCCCGUGAGAAGCUGUCAAGAGUGUCGAUGUUGAUGUUUCAUCGUCUUAGCAGCACAGAACGAAGACACACCGACGGGACUGUCAACCUGAGUCCGUUAACGCGCUGCUGCUGCUGCUGCGUGAAGCAGCUCCGCACUGGCAGCCACACUGACUGUCACCGAACUAUCGUCUCGACGGCUUUUGAAGCUUUUUUUUUUAAUUUUUUUUUUUACAUAUCGCUUCGUGUACUUUCACAACACGCACAAAGGCUCGUCUGUCAUUACUUCAUUCCUGUACAACGUGAAGUAUGUAAUGUGUUACUCAACGGUGAAAUUUUAGAUUUAUCUUUCGUAACGAUAUAUGUCAUCUCCUGUGGUGUCAUAGUAUUCACGUUCGGGCCUUUUGCUGAGGUACUUCAAUAACCAAAUGAUUAAAAUGUAGAAUAUUGUUCAACAGAUUCAUCCCAUUACCUGUAAAUUGGAAAUGGUAGGAAAUAAACAGUAAAAACGAAUACAAUUCGUGGCGUCCGGAAAUAAGAUUAUUUGCUCUCACAUUAUCCUCAAGUUUUAUGACUUUGCCAGCUUGUUACGGACUGGAAAAGUAAGGGCUUGUUUCCAGUUCAUUGAUGACACAUUGUUUUUAGUUCCUAUGAUAGUGUCAUAUUGAUGUAUCUCCGCAGCUCACGAUAUUAUCCACGGCCCUGCCAGUCUAUUGCAACCCACUCAAGUUUUAAUAAACCCUCAGCAGGGUUAAUUACAGUCUCAACUGGCUCAACUGGUUAAUACAAUCUUAUGGGCUAAAGACAUUUCAUGGCCUGGAAAGGCCUCGCUACAUCUGAUGCUUAGUAUUCUUCACAGGGGAGCAUUUAUUUUUUUUCUGCAACCUCUUAUUAUUAGUGUCUGGGAGACAAACAGAGAAAUACACACUCUCACACUUGGGCGUAUAGCAGGCAGAGAGACGCAGUGAGUACAGUGUGCCAAGGAAGCAUUUAGGGGAUUACAGUUUCCAUCUCACUUUUUCUCUUCUUUGUUGAAGACCUGUGGGCCUGAUGUAGCAGGUUGUCAGCAGUGAAGGAAAGCUGCUCCAGCGUCGUGAUAAUGGACUGAAGGUAAUCAACAAGAGUGAGUCACGCUAAGCUGACAGUUGAGCUGAUGACCAGCAUGGCUACUUGUUCCUGAAUCAAAGAUGCAUGAUCCGUCUUUGGAUUUCAUCUUCCUGACCGCCACUGAGCAGAUUGAACCCUCCAUCAGACAGUCCCAUCUCCACUUCCAUCGUUCUCUGUUGUACUAUAUUCAUGUCUUCUCUCCUCCACAGUCAUUGUCCAGUUGUGACCCUCUGCAUGUCUGAAAGAUAGAGAGGGAAGUGUUAGAAGGCUUUUUAAUAGGACAAUUCCUCCAUUCCUCCAACAUGCAGCAUGGAGACGAAAAUCAAGGGGAGCCAAAGGGGGUGGGUCCCAAUUCAGGUCCUGGAGCUAGAAGAGAUGCAGAGGGGUCACAAAGCCCAGGGAUGAAGAGGGCCUCAUCCCAGUCAGAGCCACCCUCUUUCAGUAAGAUGAGCCAGAACGCCAGGGAGAGUAUGGGGGUACUUGGCCAGGGACUAAAACAGCUCUUCCAGCAGCAGCGUAAACGCCUCUCCCUCUCUCGCUCCACCAUCACCUCCUCGUCGUCCUCUUCAUCUUCCUCUGUAGUGUCAGCAGGUGGCACCUCCCCCUCUGCCCCUGAGGAUGCCUCAGGGUCCUGCUGUCCUGACUCUGACCACCUCUCUGCUCCUGUGGUUCCUUCUGCAGCUAGCCAGGGCUUGGCGGCUGCGGGCAUGAUGAGGCGUGGGACCAGCCUGCAGAGCCGGCGCAGUAAGGGGUCCGGGUCAGGAUCAGGAAGCGGCGACCGCGAUCCUCUCCUGAGAGGUAGCCCCCAGGCCCCACGCCGCCGCAAUACCAAUGAUCCACAGCAGCAUACCAGCCGCCCCCGCUCCUCUUCCACCACCGACACCACACCCAGCAGCCCUGCCCCUGGAUACACUGCCAGUGAUGUGGUGCUGUCAUCAGGUUACCAGUCAACGGAGGAGACAGACAGGAUCGACCGGCUGGAGGUGAGUGGGCUGGGCCAAACACCCCUGGCUGUGUCUUGUGGGGCAGACAGUUCGUUCCCAGGGGGUGAGGAUGGCACCCCAGACCCUCAGCGCACCAAACAGGCAAUUGCCCAGCUGCAGCAGAAAAUCCUCAAGCUCACAGAGCAGAUUAAGAUCGAACAGACAGCCAGGGAUGACAACGUUGCUGAGUACCUCAAACUGGCCAACAAUGCCGACAAACAGCAAAGCACACGCAUCAAACAGGUUUUUGAGAAAAAGAACCAGAAGUCAGCACAGACCAUCCAGCAGCUGCAAAGGAAACUGGAGCACUACCAUCGGAAGCUGCGAGAGGUGGAGCACAAUGGUAUUCCACGCCAGCCCAAGGAUGUUCUGCGGGACAUGCAGCAGGGCCUGAAGGAUGUCGGAGCCAAAGUCACGGGCUUCAGUGAAGGUGUGGUGGACAGCGUCAAGGGAGGCCUGUCCAGCUUCUCCCAGGCCACCCACUCCGCUGCAGGGGCCGUCGUCUCCAAACCUCGAGAGAUUGCCUCCCUGAUUCGCAACAAAUUCGGCAGCGCUGACAACAUCCCCUCACUCAAAGACUCGCUUGAUGACCCCUCAGUGGAAGAAGGUGUGACAGGGGCCAGUGGACGUUCACUGGGCAGUGCUGGGCAUCACCUCCAGUCCAGUCCCAAGUAUGGUAGUGAGGAUGACUGCUCUAGUGCUACAUCGGGCUCGGCGGGGGCCAAUAGCACCACAGGGGCCCCUGGAGGCCCCCCCAGUUCCAAGGGCAACACACUGGAGAGGAGCCAGAGCUCCAGCCUGGACAUGCUGCUGCAGGAAGUGCAGGAGCUGAGGGAGGGCCAGGCAAGGCUAGAGGAGAGCCUUGAUGGCUUGAAGAGCCACUAUCAGAGAGACUACACAGUUGUUAUGCAAGCACUACAGGAGGAACGCUUCAGGUGUGAACGUCUGGAGGAGCAGCUGAACGACCUGACAGAACUUCACCAGAAUGAGAUCCUGAACCUCAAACAGGAGCUUGCCAGUAUGGAGGAGAAGAUCGCCUACCAGUCCUAUGAGAGAGCCAGAGACAUCCAGGAGGCGUUGGAGGCCUGUCAGACUAGGAUCUCUAAAAUGGAGCUUCAGCAGCAGCAACAGCAGGUCGUCCAGUUGGAGGGGCUGGAAAAUGCCACAGCCAGGACCCUCCUGGGAAAACUUAUCAAUGUGCUACUGGCCCUUAUGGCUGUCCUUCUGGUCUUUGUCUCAACUGUGGCCAACUGUGUGGUCCCCCUGAUGAAGACACGCUCGCGCUCAGUCUCCACCCUCCUCCUUAUCCUCCUGCUGGCCUUCUUGUGGAGAAACUGGGACGCUCUCUCGGGGUACACACACCGAGCUCUGCAGCCGCCGGGAUGACCAGACCGAAGCCAGCACAUGUUGCUUUGGUGACGCCAGGUGAUGUAACGGUAGCCACAGUCAUGCAGGAUGUUUGAAGAACAUGAUUGGGUUAGGAUGGCUGUGUGGCCGGGCACUGAAAAUUCAGCUGAGCACUUUCGGACAUGCCCUGGAAUCAAGAUAAAGUGGAAGAAACGGAGUACAGUUGAGAACACUCAUGAUUUUCAUUUAAGAAAGAUGAGACUGUUUACAUUUUGAAAUGAACUAUUGUGUUGUUAUUCCUCACAGAAUGCAGCAUUGUACUGUUUUUAUCUUUAGAGUUUAAUCAAUUAUAAUGUUAUUAUUUCUAAUAAUAUUAUUUUUAUUUUUAAUGUUAUUUUAUUCAGUACCAUGUAGCAUUAUGCUCCUCUAACUCUACAUGAAGGGGAGUUUAGACAGGAAACUGGGCUGGCGAUUUGCCCCAAAGGCCCAGUCCAAUUGUAGAGUACUGCAAAUGUGAUAAUGUGGUUGACUGCCUUUAGGAAGAGAACUCUUACCUAGCUGUGACUGGUAGAUUUGAACCAUGGCUGCAAACCUUCCUGGGAGUUGCUCCUUUCUUGCUGUGAGGAAAUUUGUUCAGACAGAACAUUUUGAAGGACUGACUAUGGCCUUUGAGUGCCAUGAUGACUAGAGACAUUUUGUGCUUCCUUACCAUUUCUAAUAGCAAAUAUGACAUGUUUUUACUUAUUUGUUUUUGAGUAAAACAGGAAAAACUGUAUUAUAUAGGGGAGAUUAUUAAAGAAACAAAAAAGUGAAGAAAAAAUGGGCCAGCUUUAGAGUGAAAAACUACAACGGGCUGCUUACCAUAGAGACAGCACAUGAACACAGAGAACAUCUGGUUAUUUUCAAGCAUCUGCCAUAUUUGCAACAUGUAUACAAUGCUUCAUGUUUUCAUUAAGAAAAUUACAAAGGAACCAGUUUUGCUUUUAAAAGCAAUGAGAAAAGGCUGUUGUCCAAGUAAAAUCAAUUUGCCAGGAUAAUUGCCUCCCCCACCGCCAUAUUUGAUGUGAUCAGGAAAGGAAAGAGAGACCACUGGUGCUUUUCCAGCUUCAUCACAGUUGGAACAGGAAUGCUGCUGCUUCAUAUCUACAGUGCAAGUCGUCUCCACUGCCAUGCCAGUCAGAUGCCCACUGUCAGCAUGUGACAUUGUACUAUUCCUCAGACACUCUCUCUGCAUAUGAUCUCUGUGGCCGUCCUUAUUUUUUUUCUACAUGUACACUAUGUAAUGGUUUAAUCACCCAGUGCCAAACCUUAGUUAAAACCCAGGGAUGCCUGCGCACCCAAAGGGUCCAACUUGACAGGACAGAAAGGGGAGGUUGCUCAGCAGGUUUAGCUUCUGUUCAGAUAUGUCAUGAAUGUCUUGCCUGGAUGUCAAGGGUGUAUCUUUUUGGGAGAUAUAACUUUUGAGGGAAAAUCUAUUAGAGAAUCUGAACUUGAAAUUGAUCCAGAUCCUCAGUUGCAUUUUUCUGCACCUUGCUUCCUUGAGUACAAUUCCUUGGCUCGGCGUCCAGUCUUUCUUAUACUCUCCCUCUUUGUCAUCUAGUCAAGGACACAACAAGAUGACCUAGCCAUUUAACAGUCCACCCUGCAUUUCAUUGCUGAGAAGCUGAUUUCCUAACAGAUAGUGGGAUCAUAUGAAUUGUACAGCUGCACUUUAGCACACUGCUAGAUAACAGAUAGGUCGGGCUGGGGCUUUUGAAACCUUUGAUAGAGACGUCAAAGGUUGUCAUUCUUAAGACAGUAGUCAGUGGCAUAAGAAGAAUUGACUCAGGUCAGGAUCACUGUCAUCCUUGUCUAAACGUAAAAGCUACAGAGAGGAAUUUAGCUCAUUUCUUGUCAAAACGUUGAUAAAGUUGAUUCCUCUCAUGUCAAACAUUCAGUUAAAAUGGCAGGAAGAAGAUUUAUUGAUUUGUUUCAAUUUUGCCAUGGUGGGUGCAGUGGACAAGUUGAGAGUGAGCUGACUUUUGACCUUAGCUUGACCUUGCAGUAUCUCCUGUAAUGUAAGGUUGUGUGCUAAACCACUCUAGUGCCUUCUGACGUCCUUUUCUAAGUGUGAAAUAAAUAAAGUGCAUU